AUGGAUUAUACACUUGAGCCCAAUGUGACAACAGUGACGGAUUACUACUACCCUGAUAUCUUCUCAAGCCCCUGUGAUGGGGAACUUACCCAGAGAGACAGCAAACUGCUUCUUGCCAUCUUUUACUGCCUCCUGUUUGUAUUCGGUCUUCUGGGAAACAGCCUGGUCAUCCUGGUCCUUGUGGCCUGCAAGAAGCUGAGGAGCAUCACGGACAUAUACCUCUUGAACCUGGCCCUGUCUGACCUGCUUUUUGUCUUCUCCUUCCCCUUUCUGACCCACUAUCAGCUGGACCAGUGGGUGUUUGGGGUUGUAAUGUGCAAGGUGGUCUCUGGCUUUUAUUACAUUGGCUUCUUCAGCAGCAUGUUCUUUAUUACCCUCAUGAGUGUGGACAGGUACCUGGCUAUUGUCCAUGCCGUGUAUGCCAUAAAAGUGAGGACUGCCAGAAUGGGCACAGCUCUAAGCCUGGCAGUGUGGCUGACUGCCAUUAUGGCCACCAGCCCGUUGCUAGUGUUUUACCAAGUGGCCUCUGAAGAUGGUGUUCUGCAGUGUUACUCGUCUUACAAUCAACAGACUUUGAAGUGGAAGAUCUUCACCCACUUUGAAAUGAACAUCUUAGGCCUGUUAAUCCCAUUCACCAUCCUUUUGUUCUGCUACAUUAGCAUCCUGCACCAGCUGAAGAGUUGCCAAAACCACAACAAGACCAAGGCUGUCAAGUUGGUGCUCAUUGUGGUCAUUGCAUCUUUACUCUUCUGGGUCCCAUUCAACACGGUCCUCUUCCUCGCCUCCCUGCACAACAUGCACAUCUUGGAUGGAUGUGUUGUGAGCCAGCGGCUGAAUUAUGCCACCCAUGUCACAGAAACCAUUUCCUUCACUCACUGCUGCGUGAACCCUGUUAUCUACGCUUUCAUGGGUGAGAAGUUCAAGAAACACCUCUCAGAACUGUUCCAGAAAAGUUACAGCCACAUCUUCGCCUAUAUGGGAAGACAAAUGCCCAGGGAGAGCCCGGAAAGGUCGUCAUCUCUCUACCAGCACUCCUCCCGCUCCUCCAGCAUAGACUACAUUUUGUGA